CUACUACUAUGAUCAAACCGCUCAGGGUGCAUGCAAGUGUCGGACCGAGGCUGCCGAAAGACCGGGGAUGGAAAAUGUACAAUAAACGUUGUUGGGAAAAGUCUAUUCAGAUUGCUGUGAGUCUCUGAGUGAAGAUGGCCUUCUUCCAGAACAACUUCUGGGGGGAGAAGAAUGCCGGCUUUGACGUGCUCUACCACAACAUGAAGCAUGGCCAGCUGGCAACCAAGGAGCUAGCCGAGUUUGUCCGUGAGAGUGCGGCUAUUGAGGAGACGUACUCCAAAUCAAUGAGCAAACUGGCCAAGAUGGCCAGCAACGGAAGUCCACUGGGGACUUUUGCUCCCAUGUGGGACGUGUUCAGGGUGUCUUCAGACAAACUGGCCCUCUGUCACCUCGAGCUGAUGAGAAAGAUGAACGAUCUCAUCCGAGACAUCAACAAGUACGGAGACGAGCAGGUCAAAAUUCACCGCAAGACAAAGGAGGAGAUGGUGGGGACAGUGGAUGCGGUGCAGGCACUGCAGGUUCAGAGCAGUCACCUUCAGAAGUCAAAGGAGGGUUACCAUGCCAAGUGUGUGGAGCUGGACCGGCUCAGGAAGGAGGGAGCUCCACAGAAAGAACUGGAGAAAGCGGAGCUGAAGUCUAAGAAAGCAGCAGAGUCAUUUGCGUUGUGCAUCGAGAAGUACAACCGCGUGGGAGGAGAGUUUGAGCAGAAGAUGAGCGAGUCUGCCCAGAAGUUUCAGGAAAUCGAAGAGGCCCACCUGCGGCAGAUGAAACAGCUGAUCAAAGGUUACUCCCACUCCAUAGAAGACACCCAUGUUCAAGUGGGACAGGUCCACGAGGAAUUCAAGCAGAAUGUGGAAAACAUCGGCAUCGAUAAUCUCAUCCAGAAAUUUGCAGAACAGAAGGGCACAGGCAGAGAGAGGCCAGGUACAGGCAAAGAGAGACCAGCUCUGGUUGGUUUUGAGGAGUACAUGACAGCCUUGGCACCCGAAGGUGGGAAGAAGAGUCGAGCAAAAGCGUUCAGAAUCCCUGGCCUGGGCAAGAGGGACAAGGAGCCAGACUCUACAGAUUCAGUUGUGACGGAGGCUCUGAAUUCACCCCUGGAAGUCGACGAUGAGGGAUUUGUCAUCAGAGCUGACAGCACACAGAAUGGCUGCUCUGAGGAGAAGGAGAACAACUUUUACUCCAGUGACUCGGACUUUGAUGACGAGGAACCCAAGAAGUUCCACAUCCAGAUCAGACCGGUCACCAGCAGCAGUCGCAGCAACUCAGCUGCCACCGAGAAAGAGCUUAAAGCCACCGUCGGGGCACUCACUCUGCCGCCCAACAGAGGCAUACGGCAACAGGUGCCAGUCAAGCGGCAUCUCUCCAGGAACUCGAGUACUGCAGGAGGUCGCUCAGAAGAGGGCGAGGCUGCCUCCCACAGGGAUGGAGAACAAGAGGGCCUACGCAGGUCCACCUCCAGUCCUGAUCACAGCAGGUUGAGUUCAACGGCGUCGGGUACAGACAGUCUUUUUGGACCUCCGUUGGAAUCGGCCUUCAAGUCCAAAAGCUUUGACGGUCGGGAACAACUCAGAGAGCAGAGCGCUUUUGGGGCCUCUGAAUAUGCUGCCUUCUCGUCCGACUCCUCCUCUCCGGAGAACGUUGAAGACUCUGGCCUGGACUCACCUUCCAAUCAGCCCCUUGGACCCUCCCCUGAGCCGGUGGGUUGGGCAGCGUGGCCUCCUUUGUCACAGACUAAAGAGCAGACGCAAACAUUGGGACGACCUGUGGAUCCUUUCCUCUCUGCUUUCCGUGACCCCUCCCCUGGUCGGAGUCCUCAUCCGCAGGACGACCCUGCCAACGUCUGGUCCGUCGCCCCGUCACGUCCCUCUCGUGUGGCCUCAGAUAUGGACCCUUCAUCCAUGCGGUUUCCUGCUUUCUCUCAGUCGCUCCCUCCAGCUGAGAUGGAGUCGUCAGUGUGGAACUGCAAACACAUCCCUCCCGAGGACCCCUUCCUCGCUGCAUUUGAGCGGACUGUCACCCAGGAUACUCUAAACCUGUCAGACGCUUGGGCACGCCCACCACCUCGCCCGACCCAGGAUGGCAGGGGGAUGGAGAUGCGAGGGGACCCAUUCUCUAUGACCCUCACCGACACCAAGACACUCCCAACUUCAUCCUCAUCCUCCUCUUCAUCUUCGUCUAAUCGUAAAGACAGAGACAGGAAACGAGACCGGAGCCUCCCGCCUCCUGUUACGUCUGAUGACCCGUUUGCGAUCACGAUGAUUGGCAGCCCAACGCACCAGUCGUCGCUGGCUGCAGCAGCUGGGUUAAUCCCCUCACACAGCAGCAGCAGCAGCAGCAGUAGCGGUGUUGGCUCUACCAAUACCAAUAGGUUGGGACUCGAUGCUAACUCAAGCUCUUUGCCUACAGCCCAGCCCAAGAAGGAGCUAAUGCACUGGAACUCUGUCCACAACCCGUUUAGUGACGGCGUCUCUGGAGCACUGAGCAACUCCAAAACACAGGAAGGAGGAGGAAAAGGAGAUGGAGGAGGAGAGAGGAGGAAACACAGAUCAUCAGAAAGUGAGCCACGCAGGAAUGCCCCUCCACUCACGAGACACUCAGGACCACAGGAGGAUCUGUGUUUUUCCACAGACAAAGAUCAAGACUGCCUGGAUCUGAACACUCAGAUAUCAUUCAGCGUCAGCUCUCACAAAGGGUCCAAGCAAAACCUCAGACAGGACGCAACUGAAGUGGUUGCAGGUGCUCCUCCGAGAGCAGCCAGAGCCAAGAGGACGUCAGGACGACUCAGCGGCUGUGAGAGAUCUCGGUCUCUGUGCUCCUCCCCGCUGCCGGAGCCCAGCCCCUCCCUCACCACCUCCUCCUCCUCCUCCAGCCCCAGUGAGUGGGGGCCUCAGGCCAGGGACAACGACUGGGGGGGUCAGAACCGAGCACCCAGUCCUGCCAGGGUAGGACAAGCAUCACCACUGCCGUACCAGCACCAGGAACACCAACAAAGACAGCUGCACCUGUCACGAGGUCCAAGUCCCAUUUCCCUCAGCACGCAGGAGGCCUGGCCGGUGGCUACAGCCAUAACAGAGUAUAUAAAUGCCUACUUCAAAGGUGGACAACACAACCGAUGUCUGGUGAAGAUCACGGGCGACCUGACGAUGUCAUUUCCUGCAGGCAUCACCCGGAUAUUCACAGCCAACCCCAACGUUCCUGUGCUCAGCUUCAGACUGCUCAACAUCUCAAGGAUCGAUCACUUCCUGCCAAAUCAAAAGCUGCUCUACAGUGAUCCAUCUCAGAGUGACCCAGACACCAGAGACUUCUGGUUCAACAUGCAGGCUCUGCAGCUCUACCUGCAGAGAGAAGCUGAACUCAACCCUCAGGCCUCGUACUAUAACGUUGGCCUGCUCAAAUAUCAGGUGUCGUCUCAGGACCCGGGUCGGGCUCCUCUCCUGCUGUCUGCAGAGUGUCAGCGCAGCGGCACAGUGACCCGGGUAUCCCUGGAUUACCACUGUUGCCCCGCCACUGCACCCUCCACCCAGCUAACCGCUGUCCAGGUGCUGCUGCCAUUAGACCACACUGCCACAGACCUUCAGUGCCAGCCACCUGCCUCCUGGAACGCUGAGGAAAGACGGCUGCUGUGGAAACUCCCCAGCCUCUCCCCGACCAAUCACAGCAAAGGCUCAGGGACUCUGUGUGCCAGCUGGCAGUGCCUGGAGGUUCCCCGCGGCCCUCCACCCAGCCUGGCUGUUCAGUUUGUGGGCUCCGGGGCCUCGCUGUCAGGCAUGGACGUGGAGCUGGUGGGAAGCCGCUACCGCAUGUCGCUGGUCAAGAAAAGAUUUGCCACAGGAAAGUACAUGGCAGGCUGCUCCUUGUGAGCCGUGUGAAGGACUGUUGCUGUGGGGUUCAGAGAACUUUGCACUUUUUCUUUCGGGCUGGACGGAGACGAUCGGCGACAUUAAAUUGAAGACGAGGCACCUUGAAGCUCGGCCUCGACCACGGACGACGUGCACUUAACUUCUGAUGGUGUCCUGCUAUUUUAGGACCAAGCCUUUUCUUCUUCUUUUUCCUCUAAUUUAAGUCGUGUGUUGUACACUCAGUUGUCCUGCCUUUAGCAGGAGGAAAACUCUUUUUCUAUUCAAUCUCCUCAUCGUGUUCUGAGACCGCAAACUAAGCUACAUGUUAGAACUUUUCAUAAAUUACACAGGAAAGGAAAACAUGUGAAGAAACUUAAACAUAUUACUGUCUGGAAUGGAGUUGCCAUGGAAACUAGGAUUUUUAAAUUAUGUAAAUACUGUAUGGAAGAAAUAUCGAGGGCAUCUUAAAAUGAUGGAACGAUCGAGUCAUAUGUGAGCAAAGAUCUUCUACCAAGCCCUAGAAAAAAAGAAAUGUUUGUAAAACUGCUGUUUGUUCCAAAUAGAGGUUUUGUGAUGUUGACAUUUGAUAAAAAUAAAUGUGCCCAAACCUUUUUGGUUUACACCAAUUUAUUACACAUUGUGACCAAGUACAAAAUACAGCUGAACUAUGCAGUUUAUUACAGACAAUCAUCUGUCCUUAGGCUAGUUAAAGUGUAGUCAAGAACAGGUUUAAAAAUGCACAAAAAUAAGGGUUCAGUAUACUUCUAAGAAGAACCAAAUCUAGUUCAAUAAAAAAUAAUCCUCCGCCAAAAAUCUAAAACAGCCUUACAAAACAUUACAAAGUACACACAAAUUACUUUUUUUUCCAAAGCACUUGAAGGCAAAUUACUGUGACAGGCACGAGUUACAAAAAGCCUUAAAUAAGUCAAGCUCAAGGAUUCUCAUCGCUACUACAAAAUCAUCCGAGUGGGGGGAACGAGGAGGAGGGAAAAAUAAAUCAAACACAAAGCUGAUGUCAAUCAAAUCAGAAUAUGUCAUAAAUAGAAAUUUCUCUUGUGACAGUUUAAUAUCUUGCAGUGCAGUAGCACCGCAGUAAUAGUUGAGUUUCAUACAUUGAACAAUUGAGAUUGGAAACAAAUUUAUCACACGCCAGUCUAAUCAAUUACACAUCAAAGCAUUUUCUUCUGAUACAAUGUGACCAACCAAGUACAGUGUGAGGAGAGAGAUUAGGCAAAGACUGAAGGCCACACAGCACACACUUUCUACAUCAUACAAAGAUAUAUAUUUAUAUAUAUAUACUGUAUAUAUAAUUUAUUAUGGACAAAUUCCCCAAAUAACGCACUGUAUUUUUCUAGCUAAUUCAAACAGAACAAUAAGACUUUUAUCUGAGUAACAGCAUGAGGUCAAAGUAUCUGAAGUCGGGGAGCGCGUGCUGGCUCGGGCGGCAAUGAGAUCCUCUUUUUGUGGAAAGGUUUUGGUUUUACAGGUCCAACUGCUCCUAACGUGUAUUAAUUUAUUUAUGAAUCGGGAAAUGAGGCAAACCAGAUUCCAGUUUAGAUUUUAACAUCCCAGCUCCAUUAAGUUGAUUACUCUGGAUUUAUUCCCAACUCUGCGGCAGUUCAGUGAACUACCACUGGUCUGCACACACGAGUCACUGGAUUAGGAUUUACUGAACGCAUCCUUAGAGGAGCUAUCACAGGAUUGAAACCAUUCGUGGAGAACUAUUUACAUGAAAAGAAACAGGAGUGGGAGACACAAAUCGCAACAGUGGCUAAAUUUUUUUUAAUACUUGCCUCAUGUCAUCUGAGCUGAACUGAGCACAGCAUAGAAAUCUAUUGAGGUAAACAAACCAACAUCUGACACAGGUAACGUACUGAGUUUCCUGCUUUCCUGACUACUGCGAGACUAUGAGGCCCUACAGAGCCAUGACUAUGGCUAAGCUGGUGGGAACGACUGAGGGAAAGGUCCUUUGGGUCAGUAGGUUGCAUGUUGUUGUUUUUUCUUGUGUGUAUUUGCUGCGAGCUGCAGCAGAGGCAACAAGGAGUGUACACACCUACACCUAAUCAAUGUUAAAGGUGCUUUGAAUGUCUGAGGUUUGAAGACGAUACAUUCAUACUGCGGUAGAGGCACAGCUGAGGGACAGAUAGACAUCUGUAGUGGUGGUUUCAAAGUUAGCGAUCUAAGGCACUCAAAUGACACUAUGGCACAGCUAGUAAAAAAAAAAAAA